AAAUUACAUUAUUUAUGUAAAAGUAUUUAAAGGUUUAAAUAAUGCGUACCGUUUAAUAUAUACUAUAAAGAAAUAAUAAUCUCUGCAACAUAUACGUACGAGUAUGGGGCUGUAGUUUUAUUACAAGUGUUGGUCUACUAAAAUGGAAAUUGGCAUUGUUUUAAGCUAAUUAGAAAAGCAUGAGAAGAUAUGGCUGAUAGCAAUGAUCUUUAUGAACAACAGCUCUUUGCUGUAUUUGAGAGCUGUUUGGCCAAAGGAGAAAAUGAACUCGAUGAAAAUGAUUUGUUUUCAAUUUGUAAUAAAUUACAUCUCGAUGAAUUAAUUGAAGAAUUGAAAUCUUGCAUUCACAAACAUUGUCCAGAUAAACAAACUAUAUCUUUUCAAGAAUUUCGCGACGGUUUAUUACUUUUGUUGAAAAAAUUCCAAGGAUUGAUUACCGAUAAACAGCAUAUUGUACAGCCGUGCUAUAAUUUAACUAGCGAUAUCGAGAAGAGGGAGAUCUCGAUCGAUGGUCAGAGUAUUUCAGACAUUCAUUUUCAAGACAUGAAAAUUAGUAUUACAAUGGAUGAGAAAAGGUUGACAAACUUGUGGGAUAAAAUAAAGGUUUACUUGAAGGAUAACAUAGAUCCUACAGCAAUACAAUUUAUAUCAAAUUGUUUAGGAAUUCCACAACUUCCAAAGCAAAUAACAGAAUCUAUCUUUGAGAGACUUGAUCAGAAUUGCGAUGGGUUGAUAAGCUUCGACGAGUUUGUAAUUAUAUUUCAAAAGAGAAAAAGUAUAGAAGCUUCGCAAACGAAUAGCGCAUCUGAUAACAAUAUUGUAAAUUGUGAUGUUAAUACUUUAGAUUUUACUACAUGUAAAUCUCCUAGAAUGAGCUCGGUACAGCUUAAUAGAACUAUAAAUAAGGAACAAGUUGCUAAUGUAUCUGAUAUAACUGUGCUGUCAUCUAACAGAGAUUUUAACGCUUUGAAUACUAAUCUCGCGGAAAUAACAAAUAUCAUAUGCAACGAACUCAAGAAUUUGAAUGAAUCGUUUGAUAAUAAUACCAUUCAAUCUCAUAUUACUAUACUGCAAGAAAUGAUUGUUGCUCAUCAUGAGGAGCAACGCAAUUUAAAUGCUGCGAUGGAAAACAUGAAAGUGGAGAGAGAAAAGAUGCGUCUCGACAUGUUGGAAGCAAACGAACGGGCAAAUUUAUUGGCGCAGGAAAUUGAUGACUGUCAGGUUCAAUUGGAAAAAACCAAGAGAAAUCUACAGAGACAGAACGAACAACGUUAUGCUGAAAUUACAAAAGAAUUGUCGGAUCAGUUCAAUGUUGAACGAGAAAUGAAUGCUGCAGCGCUAAAAUUAAAAGACGAUCAGUUACAGACAUUACAGAGAGAGAAUCACGACAUGAAGAAUAAAAUUGUAAAUAUAUUGCAGGAGAAUCAGGUGCUCGAAGCGGAAAAUAAGUCUCUUCUCAAUCAAAUUGAAAAGCUGCGGCAGUCUAAUAAUGAUUUGUUAACACAGGUAAAGGUAUUAGACGCGGAACACGACGAGAUACAGAGUAUAGAAGCGAAGCAACAAAAGCAAGUUGAUUUCUUUGUCAAUCGUAUCAAACAGUUGCAGUCGGAAAUAAUUCUCUUGCGUGAUCAAAAUGACGAACUUAAUACGGAAGUGGAAAAUUUAAAAUGUCACGGCGAAGAUAUAAAGGUGAAAUACGAAGCACCAGUCGAUCCACUCGAAACUCUUGUUUCGUUGUGCGAUCGAAAUGAAAAUUAUGCAUCGAUGCAAGCACACGAUUUUGAAGUGGAUCAACAGGUCACCGAUUCAAAAGUAUCGUUUGGUUUUGGAUCACCAAUGGGAAAAGGGCGACAAACCGAUAUAUUAAAUUCUAAUGGAACGGAAUGCAAAAGAUUUGGAGAUACAGUUAUAAAAGAUCUGGAAAAUGUGCUGUUAACAACAAGUACCAAAUGCAUUUCGGAGAAAUGUGCUUUGAGAGAUGGUAUAUCGAGAUUAAUUGCUAAUCUGCAAUCAAAUUUUAUAUUACGUUCCUCUUCCACGCGAGAUUUCGGAAAGAGUAUAGCGUCUGAACUCGAAUUGGAAUGCGAGGAACGAACUAACGAAUCCUUGCGUGAUUUAGUCGUUUCGAAGAUGCCAAAGUCGAAUACUUUCGCGAAACGUAUCGCGGUAUCGAGCAGCGUGGAAGAUUUCACUAAUCAAGACGCGAAGGACAUGACGCAAAAUAAGAUGACGAGUCUUAGAGAUUAUCCACCGCGGAAAGAAGAACAUUCCGCGGAUCAAUGUAAAAAUAAGGAAAAAAUUAAUUCUUCCAAUACUACCGAAGUUGAAAACAUUCCAAAAGCUAUAACUACAAAUGUAGAAUUAUUAGAAAUUGAAAAGAAGCAAUUAAUCGAACGUUGCCAAGAGCUCGAACGAAGCUUAGACCUGUUAAAAACGGAAUACGAAGAAUGUGAAGAUUAUUGGGCUGCCAAAUUGGAAGAGGAAAGACAACUCUUUGAGCAAGAACAAAAAAUAAGUGACGAUAAACUUGCCGAGCUUAUUAAUAAAAUAGUAGAAUACGAGGAAUUAAUUAGUCCUUCGGAUAAGUCAAAAAAUGGUGGCGGACGAUUGUCUCCGAUAGAAGAAAAAUUUACUUUGGAACAGCAGUACAUAGCUCUUGAGGAAGAAUUCGAAAAGUGGAAAAUAAAAACUGAAAACGAUAUUUCUCAGAAGAAUCUGGAAAUUGAAGAUUUGCACGAAAAAUUAAGAUUGGCACAACAGCCAAUUACAAAUGAUUCCUAUGUACAAGUGCCGGAUGAAAUAUUUUUGCCGACAAUGUCAGAUUCGUCACACUAUAAAUCUUCCAGUACAUCUAGUAUAUUAUCUACCAACGAACCCCUCGUGGAUCCAUGCGGUACAAUCUGUCAUACGCAUCAUAUCCCUUCAAUAGAAUUUCUACUAUCCAACGAUUCCAAUAGACUAUUGAAACAAAAAGAUCGUACAGACGAUCAUGAUUCGUAUAGUAUCAAAUGUCGUGAAAUGAAAGAUAUGAAAGCUAUAAACAAGCAUCAUAAGAUGGGAGAAAUAUGUCAAAAUAAUUCACGUAUUAGUGCAAAGACUAUGAUAGGAAUAAAGGAGGAAGAUCAGUGCGACUCGGAAUUUAAAUUUACACGUGACGUAAUGAAAGAAAUUAACUGUCCGUGCGUACAGAAUAAUACACAGCAACAUGUAAGCUGCGUCGAUCUAAGCGUCUUGCAAGAUUUAAAAAUGAAACUUUACACACAAGAACGCAAAAAACGACAUUUACAGCAUUGUAUUAAACAGCAACGGCAGUCCAUCGAGAAACUCUUGCAAGGUAUUAUGGCGCAGCAUCAGACAGAAGUACAUGAAUUACAGUGCCUUCUUCGUAAUAGUCAAGGGAGGCUUCAAAUGCAGGUUCAAACAAUUAUUGAUCAGGCUGAUAAAUUAACCAGUGCUGACGUAUUAGUGAAGAACUUGUACAUAGAAAACGCAUGUCUAACGGCACAUGUGAAACGUUUGCAAGAACGAUGUCUCGACCUGAGCGGCCUCGAUGUGGGAACGACUUCAAUAUGAUGUUUAAAUAGC